UAAAGAGUGUCCAAAAGAGCGGACAAGCAAAACAUGUGCGUUUUAAGAUGGUGGUGCAUAUUGAGUUACAAAAAGAGGGGGGGGGGAAGCAUGAGUGAGAGUGAUCUUGUGUGAUAUUGUAACUUUGCUGAGAAUUUGAAUCGCUCUCCCUGUUCCUCCUCACGUCCCGUCGAGCACUAGCAGCUUACUCUCACUGUAUUGUCGCAAACCCUUCCAAUGUCCAGUGUCUGCUCAUCUACAGGUUAAUCCACCAAUCACAGCGUCCCAUUUUGAUUUGGUAAUGUUUCCCUUUGAUUUCUGGACGAAUUGCUCAUUUGUCAGACAGCUGUUAGUCACCUGUCGGAGGUGGUUAGAUAUCUGAGUAUUUAAACCCGUGCUUCUUAUUUAAUUCACGCAGAUGUUAUGUUUGGAGAGUUAAACGUUUUGUGCUUUUUUUUUUCUUUUUUUUUUGGUGUGUGUGUGUGUGUGUGUGUUUCAAUCUGAUAGGGGUGGGGUGGGUUUGUGUUUGUGGCUGUGAGGUUUUACAAAUGCCCACUUUACUGAUCGCAUUUACAGUACGCUAUUGUGUGUUAAUGAGUAUUGAUAUUAUAAUUAUUCUUAUUUAGAUCCUGUAUAAUUUUAUUGGGGUGCAGAAGGCCAUAGGCUGAAGCGUUUUAUGUUACCAACUUAAUAUAGUGUAAAUGCACAUGGAACUUACUGAACAUCAGAGUGGGCAUGGAUGCCUGCGAAUGAAUACACAGCACAUGGUUAAGGUGAAUUCUGACAUACAGUGGUUUCAUUGUAAAUACAUUUUUCCACUCGCAUUGUUGAUUCCUGAAGUGUGUGUUGCUUUUCUUUACCCUUCUUUUUGUUGGAGGAGUGUAGUGGCGUCCGCUUGUUUCUUUUUGAACAUUUGUUUGAAAGCUUAAGUAUUGACAUUUAAUUCCCUGAUUUUUGUAUUUAAAUCAAAGGGGAGUGUAAAUGCUAGUCUGUUUUUGUUUCUUUUUUGUGUGUGUGUGUGUGUGAGAGUGCGCGUGUGUGGCAUUUUAAAAUAGUGGAAAGAAUCAAGUAAAAAUGUAAAGAUCAAUAAGAAUGAAGCCUUUGGGCGCAGUUGCUUGAACAAGUGAAUGUUUAACUUUAACACAGAUUCUGACAUUGUGUUCAUCCCAAAAACAGAUCCUAAUGUUUUUGCGAACUCACCCCUAUUCUUCUCAGUGAUGGCAGUGUUUCUUCACAGUGCUCUUGCAAAAACAAACAAACAAAAAAAAAAGUUAAAAACAGAAAAGAAAAUCAUGCUGCAGUAUCUGUAACUGCGUUUAAAUUAAUUAAAAUCAGCCCUUUUCCACUCCUUGUCUAAUGUUCAACGUCUGUUUAUUAAUGCUGCCGCUUUUGGGGUUCUAGUUUUCUUAUUGUUUAAUACAUUUGGGGGUAUAAUUGCUAUGUUACACAAUAUCAACAAUGAAUCAAACUACAAAAAAGACGGAUGUAAAUGAACAAGACAAGAUAAGAAAAAGGAAAAACGGUGCUUUCCGCAAUUCAGUGUUUUCAGAUGUAAAGUGACUUAAGAAACGAAAAUAGGCCUAGAAAUGUGAUUUGCAUUUAUGCUGUUGAAAGGUAAAAGUGAAAGAUUUCUAAGAUUAAGGUCUGUUUCAGUUUCUGUAUUAGUAAAAUUUAACACAGCUUUUCAAAAUUAGGAAUUACUUGCAAUCGCACGCAUGUAAAACCCUUCUCUAAAUACUUCUGUAAUAUGUGAGGGUUUAGGGGACCUAGUUUUUGAAUGAAUCAGUUGAACCGGUUCACAGUUAAACCUUAAAAUGUGUUUACGACAUGAUCAAUUAUAAGACACAAUACUAUUAUAUAAAUAGAAUUGUAUUAAAACGCCCUUGAAUUAUUAUUGUAGAAGCAAUGACUUUUAGAAGUGUGUGUAUGUGUGUGUGUUUCACAUGAAUGUGCUUAAAGUAUUUACAACAUAUAACUCGAAUAAAUUAAUAUAUAAAAAAAUAGUCCCAAUUAUAUUGAGAUGUGAGGUCGGCUCUCCAGUCACUCACGACUAGCAUUAAUCAAAUGUAGAAUUUUCUUUUAUAAACAUGAACAAGUAACUUACAAGUAAACGGCGAUAAACGGGUUUGUCGGCAGUUAACAGAUACAUGUUGUGUUGAAAUCGCACAGGACCAAUCAUAGUUGUUAAAAAUAUGCGCAUGCGCGGUGGAUCAAUUUAUCUAGCAACAGAGGCUAAUGGAUAGAGAGGAUCGAGGUCUGUCAAAUCAAAUAUCUUCUCGGUGUUUUGGUUUCUGGGUAUAAUUAAUACUGGCGCGCCACUGUGUAUUUUAGGUUUUAUGACUUUCAAAUAAUUUCAAACUCGCGUCUCUGUGUUAACUCAAUCACUUGCGCCGUUUGUUUUCGGAGAGACAAACGUACUUAGCUAGCUUCGUCAUCCGUCUGUUCCCGCGUUAAUGCGUCCAGAUGGACGCUCGCAAGCGGAGCGUGGCGGCCGCGGGACGCGUGAUCAUGGACGCGGUGCAGGCGGAGUGGGAGCCGCUGUCCCACUGGGAACUGGACCAGCGGCUGGACCGAGCGGUGGAGGAGAUGAUAGAGGCUGACCUGGUGGCGCAGGUCCAGGAGCAGAGCGCCUCUCAACAGGAGGAUUCGUCCCCAGCGGAUGCGGCUCCCCAGGCGCCCGAGUCCAGGAGCGCUCAGGAGUCUGCUCUGCAGCGCGCGCAUGCUACUGAAGCCAUGGAGGCUAACCCUACAGUGCAGUAUGUGACAAAUUUUUUGCAAGGCUCCAACACGGGCUACAGCAAGAACCGAUUGUCCGGCAGAGCUCGACUGUCCUUGUCUCACACUGUCCUCCUGUCCCUCACCCUCCUGUCCAAACGCAUCAGCUACCGCAGUGUGUCCUCUAGUUUCCAUCUGGAGAAGGGGAAUAUUCACAGGAUCUUCUUCUCUUUCUGCGAACAAGUGAUCACACAAAAGGAUCGUCUCAUUCAGUGGCCUACAGGACAGGAGGCCCUACAACAUCUGCUUCCUUUCUCUAGCUGGCUGAGUCGCAACGAGGGUCUGGAAGAGAGAGGUCUUCCUCGAGUGCUCGGCGUGCUAGGUCACACACGCAUCCCCAUCCGCCUGCCCGCUGGCAAACCAGACGGUGAGAGCGACCCCCCGGAAGACAAGAGACCCAAGAUCGAGCCGCAUCCAGAUUCGUGGCUGAACCUGGAACUGGUCUGCAACGACAAAGGCCGCUUCAUUUACUGCCACAUCAGCAAAGGAUCGGAAAAAGACAGAGGAAGCGCGUUAGCCGAAAGGAUUCGGCAAAACCCUGAGAUGGUGCCCCCAGGGACCUGCCUGAUAGCCGGAGUGGGAUACCCGCUCACGGAACAAAUACUUACUCCGUUCUCAGCAGGUCGAAACCCACAGGAAAACCUCUACAACCGGUCGGUGAUUAGCCAUUUAGGCCGAUUAAACCAGGCUGUGGCAGACUUAAAAGAGCGAUUCCAGAAAUUGAGGUACUUGGAUAUGGGAAACUAUGAGAGGGCGAACGCAGUAGUUCGGACGGCUUGUAUAUUACACAAUGUUUUUCUGGACAUGGGGGAUGUGACAAAGGGACUGGUGGAAAGGAGCACGCCGGGAGACGUGGACGAGGUAAACGAAGACGCAGCUGGAGUGAAAAUGAGAGAGACCGUGGUGAAUCUGCUUUACAGCACUCUGGAAGCAGCGCCUCGAUAAAAGUGUGCAUCUCAUUUGCAUAUUUAAAGGGAUAGUUCACCCGAAAAAAGAAACUGUCGUCAUUAUAAAGCCAUGUGACUUUCAUUCAUUUUUGGAACUCAUAAUAAGACAUUUUUAUCUUUUUAAAUCAUUUUUGUCCAGCCAUUUCAAGUUCACUAAGCCAAAACUUGCACUUAUCAAAAAGUACAAAAUUACAUAAGCCGUAUCACGUGGAUUAAUUCUUCUGAAGUAAAACAAUUGCUUGAUGUAAUAAACAGAUUUAAUUUAUGUGAAUGAAUAAAAACAUCAGUUUUUCAUAUAGAGUGUGAGUAAAUAAAAAAGUUAAUCUUUUCCAUCAA